UAUAGAUAACUACGUCGCAGUUUUGAAUAAUUUUACAAAGAAGAGAUAAAAGACAAGAAAAAGUUGCUAGAAUCCUGAAAUUUGGACUUGAAGUAGGCUACAUCUGGGUGGUCUGGUUUUCAGCUAAAAAGCCCUGCAAUCUUUCUCUGGUACGCAGGCACAAUGCGUGCAUUCUCCCGCCGUCACACCCUUCCCUUUAAGCUUGCCAUUCUAGCGGGCUCCCUCUUCCUGGUCCUACUGCUUGUCAUGCAGUACGACGUGGGAGGUGGGACUUCCCCUGAACCCUGGCUCCGAGAGCUGUCGAACAAACAGUCACAGGUGAUGGGUGUGGUCAGAGGUGCUGUGUCAAAUAUGGGCUUCCAGAUUGGUGCCCCCCUGCCCCUUCCCUCAGAGCGUGGGACCAACUCCUUUGAUCCCCGCUGUCCACCUGGGUUCUACAGCAUAGAUGAGCUUCAACCUCACCUGGAGAGGCCCUUACAGGACCCAGAGGACCCCGGAGCCUACGGCCGACCGUUUGUGAUGGGUAGGAUGACCCCUGCAGAGAUUAAAGAGAAGCAUGAUGGGCUGACCAAAAAUUGUUUCAACCAAUUUGCCAGCGACCGUAUCUCUCUUCACCGCAGCCUGGGAAAUGACACACGCCACCCAGAUUGUGCAGGUCAAAGGUUCCGGCGCUGCCCUCCUCUCCCCACCACCAGUGUGAUCAUCGUGUUCCACAAUGAGGCGUGGUCCACCCUCCUGCGGACAGUUUACAGCGUCCUGCACACUGCUCCUGCCUCCAUGCUCACAGAGAUAUUACUGGUGGAUGAUGCUAGCACAGACGAUCACCUGAAGUCUCGUCUGGAUGAGUAUGUCCUGCAGCUGAAGAUUGUGCGUGUGCUACGACAGCGGGAAAGGAAGGGGUUAAUCACUGCCAGGCUACUGGGGGCACAGACGGCUCAAGGAGAGAUUCUCACCUUCCUGGAUUCCCACUGCGAGUGCUUCAAUGGCUGGCUGGAACCCCUCCUGGCUCGGAUCGUGGAGAAACCCACUGCUGUGGUCAGCCCUGAGAUAGUCAUCAUCGACCAAAACAACAUGAAGUUCACCAAACCCCUCGCCACAGCUCGUGCCCGUAACCGUGGAAACUUUGACUGGAGCCUUAUCUUUGGGUGGGAACAGAUCCCUGAGGAAGACCAAAAGCAACGCAAGAAUGAAACUUAUCCUGUCAGGACUCCUACCUUUGCAGGUGGUCUGUUCUCUAUUUCUAAGACUUACUUUGAGCACAUUGGGACCUAUGAUGACAAGAUGUUGAUCUGGGGAGGUGAGAAUGUGGAGAUGUCCUUCAGGGUGUGGCAAUGUGGAGGCCAGCUGGAGAUCAUACCCUGCUCAGUGGUGGGACAUAUAUUCCGCAGUAAGAGCCCUCACACCUUCCCCAACGGCAGGUCGGUGAUUGCCCGCAACCAGGUGCGCCUAGCCGAGGUCUGGAUGGAGGACUACAAGCAGAUCUUCUACCGCAGGAACAAGAAGGCUGCCACCAUAGCCAAAGAGAACACAUAUGGUGACAUCUCUGAACGCCUCAAACUCAAAGAGAAGCUAAGCUGCAAAAACUUUACAUGGUACUUGCACAACGUUUACCCCGAGGCCUAUGUUCCAGACUUCACCCCUGUCAUGUUUGGAGCGCUCAAGAACUCUGGCUCGAAGACAUGCCUGGAUGUGGGAGAAAAGAAUAAGGGUGGGAAACCGGUUAUCUUAUACACAUGCCACAACAUGGGAGGAAAUCAGUAUUUUGAGUACACAUCCCACCAGGAGCUUCGUCACAACAUACGUAAGCAGCUGUGUCUACAUGCGACCCCCGGGGCAGCGCUGGUGUCCAUAAAGCUCUGCCGCCUGAAGGGCAAAGGAACCACAGUGGCCCCCGAGCAAGUGUGGCAUUUCACACCGGGUUCUCGCCUUAAGAAUCCCUCCUCGGGCAAAUGCUUGACUGUAGACAGAGGUGAAGUGGUGAUGAGUAGCUGUGACUUGACCAAUCUCAGCCAACACUGGGUCCUCAGCUGACCAAUGGGAUCCAGGGAGGAAGGAGGAUCACUUACAUCAUCCAUUACAUUUGGGUGCCCUUCCCUUUUUGAUGACAACACAUGUAUUUCUGAAAUAUGGGACCCUGUGCAGUUUGACUCAGUAUUUUGUUAUUUCUUAAUUUACUAAAGGAGAAGUUGAAAAGUUUGAGGCUUUUUAAUGUUUUAUUCUAGAGGAUCCCGAUUUAGAUGAAUUUGUAGAAGUUUCUGUUUGAUGUUUUUACACUUUAAAAUUUGUUUGAAAUUCUUUAAUCAUUAGGCCAAAGGGCAUAGAUAGUACCAGUCAAGGUUGAACACUUACUCAUUCAAGGGUUUCUUUUUUUACUAUUUUCUACACUGUAGAGUAAUAGGUAAGAUGACUAAGAAAUAACACAUGGAAUUAUGUAGUAGACAAAAGUGUUAAUUUGAGGUUCUUCAAAGUAGCCACCCUUUGACAGCUUUGCACACUCUUAGCAUUCUCUCAACCAGCUUCAUGAGGAAUGUUUUUCUGACAGUCUUGGUGGAGUUUCCAUAUAUGCUUUUCCUUCCCUCUCAUCUCAUCCCAAACCAUCUCAAUUGGGUUUAGGUUGGGUGAUUGUGAAGGCCAGGUCAUCUAAUGCAGCACUCAAUCACUCUCCUUGUUCAAAUUAUUUUUCCCACUAAGCGCAAUCCAGAUGUGAUGGUGUAUUGCUGUAGAAUGCUGUGGUAGCCAUGCUGGUUAAGUUUGCCUUGAAUUCUAAAUAAAUCUGACCACGUCACCAGCAAAGUACCCCCCCCAGCUCCUCCAUGCUUCUAGGUGGGAACCACACAUGCAGUGAUUCUCCGUUCACCUAUUGUCUCAAAGGCACGGCGGUUAGAACCAAAAAUCUCUAAUUUGGGCUUAUCAGACCAAAGAACAGAUUUAAACUGGUCUAAUGUCCAUUGCUUGUGUUUCUUGGCCCAAGGGAACUCUAUUCUUAUUGGAGUCCUUUAG